CUGUUUAACUCAACGGCUGAUAUUUUGUACUGGAGGAAUUAAUGUCUUCUAUGUGAUGUGCUUUUGAAAGUCUAAUCAGAGCCCAUGAAAAAUUCAGAAAAAAUAAAAUCCCUGUUACACCUUUUCUACUCUUCAUGAGUGGCAACAUUAAAAUUAUAAAUUUCGCGAUAAAAAGCUGUAAAUAAGUGUAGGUUUGCAUUUUAUCAAUAAUUUUAUUCUAAGAAAUAUCAGCUGAGUUAAAUUUUUCCACUCAACAACGCUUCUGGCUGCUAUUACCAACUAUAAUUAUUGAUCUCUCCGUGGCCACUGAGCCACUUCGCAGCUGCAUGUGAAAAGCUAUAUUUUCGCGCUCAUUUUGAGUCGCUACCGAGACGCGUUUAGUUAUUCAGCCAAGUUGCGGAUGAAUUAUUGCAAUGUGCGUAAGCACUCAAGCUAUUACCGCGAAGGCUAAUCACUAUGGUCAACUCCAUGCCGGCACACCUGGACGGUUAGUUGCCAAUUUGAGACGUUCAAGACCAGACCUACGGAUGGAAGUGGCAGUGGUGGCUUAGCGUUUUGGUAGUUGAAGGGCUUACAGAAAACGAGGCAAACAUCGAAAGUGCGGAUUUAAAAGCAAAAAAAAAAAAAUAUUAUUUUAUUGUUUAGCUGAGCAUUAAACCAGUAAAUUAAUAUCAAACGAAAACGUGGAGUGAAGAUAAAGUAAAUAUUAUUAUAGUUAAAAACAUUUUUUGUUGUUUUGUUGAAAGUGAAAUGUGACUUGAACGCAAUGAAUCACAAUUACGUGCGCGCUUGUUGAAGCAGGUAGUACUCGUACGAGUAGAACUGCAGUGCAACAUACGGCGAACACUUGGAGUUAAAUCAUUACACCGACAAAAAUACAUACGAAUGUUGGGCUAAUUACUUUUUUAUCAAACAUUUUUUAUUUGGCUUAUUUUUUGCACUUUAAUUUAUCGAUACUUCCACGACAUUUUGGCAUCAUCUUUUCCACCGACAAAAAAUAUCUCGAAAGGGCUUGUGGAACACAUCAAGCACAUCAUUAACAAUAUGAGGUCCCUAGUGCUGGUAACGCUUUUGCUCCAGUGCCAACUGCACCUCACCAUCUCAGCAGAGAAUUCCACUGCUGUUCUGGCCAAAUUUCUAGCAAAUGUCAAUAAAAAUUUAGCUGCACUCUACAACCGCGAGGUAUUCGCCAAUUGGCAGCUGGAGAUAAAAGGACCAAAUGAUUUAUACGCUCUACUGCAGUCAGAGCUGGCCAGUGACGAAAUCAUGAAUUAUAUACAAAGUAUAGCACCAAAAUAUGCCAAGUUUAAACGCCUAAAAAUCGGCAAUGACCAGCUACAACGCGAAUUGGCGCAAAUACCCGAAACCGGCUACGAAGCAUUGCCGUCCACGGAUCUCAAGUUGAUGUACAUUGUCACCACAAAUAUGGGCGAUAUUUAUAAAAAUACAAAACUCUGCGCUUUUCACGACCAACGCCAAUGCAAUUUGACCCUGAUACCAGCGGUGCAGAAUAUUUUACAUAACAGUAACAAUGUUUCCGAGAUCGAGUAUUACUGGUUGGAAUGGCGCCGGAAAACGGGCAUGGCGGCGAAAGAGGAUUUUAUGAAGUUUGUGGAGCUGUAUAGGAAAACGGCGCAGUUGAAUGGUUUCCCAACACCGUCAGACUUUUGGUUCAAAGAUCUUGAGGAGAAUAGCGCACAGGCUGUCAGCUUAUUGAACCGUUUCAUGCAACGUCUGCAACCACUUUUCCAACAGUUUCAUGCCCAUGUGCGCGGACAACUGCGUAAGCUGUAUGGCGAAGAGCUGAUACCGCGCGGCAAACCGUUUCCACAAAAUCUAGCUGAGAUCUUCAUAGGCAACGCCUAUCGUCGCGCCGAUCCCGAAUGGUAUAUAGAAUUUCCUUACCCUGAAGUGGGCAUGCCAAACAUAACUGCCGGUCUGCUGCGCCGCGGUUUGGAUAAUGCCCAGCGUGUUUUCUGGAAUGUCGCGGACUACUUUCGCUCGCUGGGUAUGCCGCAAAUCGAAGACACAUUUUGGAUGCAGAACGUUCGUCCAAAGGCCGAUUUAGACGACGAGAGUAUGCGUUGCUGGCAUAAAGCGUGGAAGUUCUACGGCACACAGCGCGUUAAUUUCUCCUAUUGUCCUUUGGUGGAUGAGGAACGCUUCUUUAAUAUGUUCGAGGCACUCACCGACGUCUACUACUAUCGCGCUUAUGAACACCAGCCGACACUCUUUGCCGAAGAACCUUUUCCGCAUUUCAGUGAUGCUUUGGGAAAAAUGUUCUCGUUGGCAGCCUCCUCGCCACGUUAUUUGGAGAAGCUGAAGAUUUUGGAUCGUGGUUUAGUGUCUAAAGAAUUGAGGAUUAAUCGACUUUAUUGGCAGGGUCUUCGUACCAUCUUUUUGUUGCCUGUAUUUUACGUUUUGGACCGUUAUAGGGUGGAUGUGCUGGAUGGGCGUCUAAAAAUUUCCGACAACUGCGCCUAUUGGCAGCUAACAAGCGAUUUUACAGGCGCGGAACCACCAGUGAGUAGAAGUAAUGCAGAUUUUGACGCACCAGCUAAACUACUGGUGGAAGUGGAUGAUCAAUAUACCAGUCAAAUAAUGAGUACUGUGUUGCAAUAUCAACUCUACGAGCACUUCUGUGAAAUAUCUGGCCAAUAUAGACCGGAUGAUCACAAUUACCCACUGGAUUUAUGUGAUCUAUCAAAUCAACGUCAAAUCGGGCCCUUAGUGAUGCAGGCGAUGUCUCUGGGCUCAUCCAAGUCCUAUAAAGAUAUUCUGCAAAUAAUGACAAACGCAUCAGAAAUCAACAUAGAUGGUUUACUGACAUACUAUCAGCCUUUGUACGAGUGGCUGGUGGAGCAAAAUCGCUUAGAUGGUGUGGAAGUUGGUUGGGCGCCAACAAAAAAGUGCAGUCCCGAAAAUGACGUAGUGUAAUUUAUUUAAGCCAAAUGAUAACACUUUGCUCAGAGGGUUAACGGGGCAAACGGCUAACUAAAAAUGGUAGCAUACUUUCAGGCGCGUCUGGUUGAAUCGCGUUCGCACAGAGUGAUUUGCCAAUUUCGAAGUUAAACAAAAUUUGUAUAUACUUGAAACAGAAAUAAACACACACACAUGCAUGCAUA